CACGCUCAGCUGCAAGCAACGCUUGAGCCACUGCAAGUGACCACCGAGACAUGGCGUCAGGGCCACGUUUUUCCCCUCUGCUCUUGGCUGCCAUCAUCCUGGGGCUUCAGCUGGCCCGGAGGGGAGCAGCCUUCCCCACCAUGCCCCUCUCCAGCCUGUUUGCCAACGCCGUGCUGAGGGCCCAGCACCUCCACCUGCUGGCUGCUGACACCUACAAGGAGUUUGAGCGCGCCUACAUCCCAGAGGAGCAGAGGCAUUCCAACAAGAUUUCUCAGUCGGCAUUUUGUUACUCGGAAACCAUCCCAGCUCCCACGGGCAAAGACGACGCCCAGCAGAAAUCGGACAUGGAGCUGCUUCGCUUUUCGCUGAUUCUCAUCCAGUCCUGGCUGAGCCCCGUCCAGUUCCUAAGCCGGGUGUUCACCAACAGCCUGGUGUUCGGCACCUCCGACAGGGUCUACGACAAGCUGCGGGACUUGGAAGAAGGGAUCCAGGCUCUGAUGAGGGAGCUGGAAGACGGGAGCCUUCGGGGCUUCCAAGUCCUCAGACCCACGUACGAGAAGUUUGACGUCAAUCUGCGGAGCGAAGAUGCCUUGUUAAAAAACUACGGCCUGCUGUCCUGCUUCAAGAAAGACCUGCACAAGGUGGAGACCUACCUGAAACUGAUGAAAUGCCGGCGCUUUGGAGAGAGCAACUGCACCAUCUGAGGGCAGAAAGGCCGUCCCGUUCUCCCGGUGCACGGACACCUGGCGAGGUAGCGUCUCCUGCCUGGGUGCCCCCUUGAGAGACCUCAGAGGCUGACAUGCCUGUCAGCGCCCAUACCCUCCCACCCAGCUGUGGCGUCCUGGAGGGGCUGCGUGCCGCGUCCUUUUCCCUCCAGAGAAUAAAGAAGCUACC